CGUUAAAAUUCUCUUUUCGUUUCCAUUAAGGUUGGUUAACAAGAAUGCCUUGGAAGCAGCAGUCUCCGAAUUAAAGAUUCUUCUUCUGCUUCUUCUGAUGUCAGUUUCUUGGCAUGCUCCCGGCACCCUCGGCGCUCUUUCAUUAGCAGCGCCUCCUUCCACAAUCAGAAUUCGCUCUUCUUCUCUCCCUGGGUGUCAGGAGAUGCGCUUCGGCUCCACUAGUGAUACUAUCAACUUGGCGCAGUCGGAGAAGAAGAUGAAGAAAAACAAAGAUUUUCUUCCCGGAAAGGUCGGCGAAGAAGAGGAUGGAGUUUCUAUUUCGAGAAUACAAGUGCCGAGGCAGAAGUACAUCCCGGUUUCCAAGGCCGAGCUCUUAGACGCCGUCGUUCUGAUGAUGUUUGAGUCUCAGCAAGAUGAUGAUGAUGCCAAUCAGUUUCUUCUUCUCUCAUCGUGCUUGGACUCUAUUCUUCAUGCUGAACACAAAGGAAUUUUAGAAGAAAUGCGUACUGAUUAUUCGUUUGCUAGUUCCAUGGGGAAAGGAGAAACAAUUAAUGAGGACUUUGUUACAAAUGGGAAGGAGGCAGAAUAUGCUAGAGAUGGCAUUAAUGGAGUUGGGAGUGCAGAGAGAUAUGAGGAGGAAGAUAGUGAACUUGAUAAGCCUAUGUCUUUCAUUCACGGUCUGGACUUGAGAAAUCUAUUGGGCUCUUCAGACAAAAAUGUCAAGGAAUAUUCUGAUGGUGGAUCCAGUGUUGCUGUUGCCACUCGUUUCCAGCGUGCUUUCAUGCAACUUCUUUAUGAUGCUCAGUUUGAAGAAUUAUCAGCUAGGGACUUGAUGUUGACAUCUGCACUGAACACAGAUUAUCUCCUUACUUUGCCAGUAUAUAUUGAUUGGAAGAAAGCAUCUGAGUCCAAUGCAAUAAUAUUCAGGCGGGGAUAUGCAACUGAGAGGCAGAAGGGCCUCCUUAUUGUUGAAAAACUAGAUUACAUACAGUCCAAACUUCUGCGAGGAUUUUUCUUUAUAAUAUCCAAGCCCUUAGGGAAACUUGGCACCUGGAUAAAUGAGGCUCUCCAAACUGCUAUCCAGACACAAGAAGUACAAGAGUGGAGUGAGAGACUGAAGCUUUGGCUUAAGGAUCUGUCAGUGUUUCAGCAAUCAUUUCUGUAUAAUCAACGUGUAUUUGAUGACCAGCUGGCAGUGCAGCAAUUAUCAGAUGGGGACCUUCCUAUUUGGCUGGCGGCACAGAGGGCAGUAACUCGUUAUGAAGGGAUUUUGUCACCAGUUGGUCCCCGUCGAAGGCUCUUGAGGAAAUUGCUUUCAUGGAUUGGAAUACUCCCACCUACACCAGAAACACCAUAUGAGCUUGAUAAUGAUAGUAAUGCUUCAGAAUCUUACAAGAGGCCUAUUUUCUUAUCAAGGAUAUCACUUAGUGAUAUUUGGAGACCGGCUUCAAGGAAAUACUGUGGAAACAAUCUUUGGAAGAUAUUUAAAACUUCCAUUUCCAUUCUUCUCUCACAGUCAAUUCUCCAGGAGGCAUCAUUCCAAGAAUUGAUUUUACUUUAUUCCAAGGAAGACAGCAAGAGCGAUGCCGAAAAUGAAUCUGAGGUUCAAUCAUUGCAGUUAAAGAUCUAUGAAAGAAUUCCUAUUCCGGAUUUACCAGUCAUCUUCCCCCACAAAAAGCUAUCUUUCCGUAUCAUAGACACGGUACGCUUGGAUGCUGCCACAAUAGUGGGACUUUUGGCAUUCUUCAUAAACUACAAGUUUGAGGACGUCUUAUCUUCUCCAUCAGCAAUAUUUCUUGAUGUGGUUGCUAGCAGCGCUCUUAUAAUUUAUGUGACUCGUGUAGUUCUAGGUUACAAGCAGACAUGGGAUAGGUAUCAAUUAUUGGUGAACAAGACACUCUAUGAGAAAACCUUAGCAAGUGGCUUUGGCUCAGUGCAUUUUCUUUUAGAUGCUUCUGAACAACAGCAAUACAAGGAAGCCAUUUUGGCAUAUGCAAUCCUUCUCAAAGCAGAAAAGGGCCAGGUCACCUGUCGUGGAAGUGUUGGAGACAAAUGUGAGAGAUUCAUGUAUGACGCAUUUAAAGUAGAGGUUGAAAUGCCGAUCGACAAGGCAAUCAAUACAUUGGUGAGGCUGGGCCUAGUAACUGAAACGGAUCGUAUUGAUGGAAGUAAUAGAGUGCAGGCUGUUCCCUGUCCAAAGGCAUAUGAGGGCCUUAAAGAACGUUGGAAUUGUUUGCUCAGAUAAUUUUGAUUGGUCAAUAUCCAGUGUUUCAUUUUUCAGGCUAGCUGCUACGUAUGAAAGAAAUUUUGGCAAGGAAAAGAAGAAGAAGAAGGAGAGAGAGAGAGAGAGAUGCCAUUGCCAUGUGUAGCGCCCAAAAUGCAUAAGAAGAAAACGGGACAGAUAAUAAUAAUAAUAAUAAUAGUUACUUAUUAUAUCAUUCUACAAUAUCGAUGUUAAAUCAUUCUACAAUAUCCUGGUAAGCAAAGAAGCGAGUUCGUUUCCUUGGAAGAGCAUAUGGCGCACCAAGGCACCCUUGAGAGUGGCUUUCUUUAGUUGGACGGCGGUGUUAGAGAAGAUUCUCACAAUUAAUAAUCUCAGAAAAAUAAAUAUUAUCGUGAUCAAUAGAUGUUGCUUAUGCAAAAUUAAUGGGAGACUAUUGAUCAUCUUUUCUUUCACUGUGAGAUUGCUCGUUCCUUAUGGCAGGCUAUCUUCAGUCGUUUUGGGUUGUAUUGGGUUAUGCCUAGCAAGGUGGCGGGCUUGUUUGCUUGUUGGUGGGCGGGAGGUCGCUCUAGGUAUGCAUUUGUUUGGAAAAUGGUCCCUCUAUGCAUUAUGUGGUGCCUUUGCUUAGAAAGAAACGAAAGAUGCUUUGAGGAUUCAGAGAGAUCAUUGGAGAACUCACGGCCUUCUUUUUUCAUACGCUUUACACUUGGACAGCUGCUUGGCUCGCUCCUAUAGUUAUUAGCUAUUUUGAUUUCUUUGUUCUUUUCUCUUCUUCUAGCUAGUCGUUUCCCUUAUAUACUCCAUGUGUACUAGGGUUGCGCCCCUCUGCGCUUUUGAU